CAACCCAAAUACUCCAUCUAGAAACCAAUUAAGUAGAGCGGCGCUAAUUAGUGAUAUGAUUCCCUGCUUGUUUCUGAUUGGGAGUUGGGACGACUGAUCUGGAAAAGUUGCGGGGUUUCUGCACCAUAUCUUGGAGAGGGUUUCCGUCAAGUACUGAGACGACACAUAAUUAAGAAACAAGCUUUCCUUCAAUUCGCUAGAAGUCAUUUCAUAAUUAUCAAACAUACAUGUUUUCAUCACGCCUGUUUUCAUGCAUAUUGUAUAUCAUGGAUCAUUGUUCCUGAUCCUUCACAGCCAUGUAUGUCCCGCAGCAUGGAAGGGUCGACACGUAUUAGGAGGUGCGGCGGAGCAAGAAAUUUGGUUAAGAUGAUUAAAAGAAUUUAUGUGUAAAGAUUUGUGGUAAUUGAUAAUUAGGUUAAAUGGCUUUCGAUUACAUGAUAUCUCAAAUUUGUUAUAGAUUUUUUUUGGUUAUUACUAUUUUUUAUAUCAAACAUGCUCAUGUACUUUGAAAAAAUUAUCAAACAUGUCCUUAUGUUAAAAUUUCCAUUGAAAAAAUCGUCAAUCAUGGUUGAACCGAGAUUUAGACGACCCGACAUCGGCAAAUGGGAGCGAAAUUGUUAGUUUUGUCUCCCGUUUUAUUUCUCUGGAUCUCUUCAAAGUGAAAUUAUUUGGAUGAAAAUUUGGAUGAAAAUGGUUAACGGUUUUUGGAUGAAAAUUUAAACAAAAGGGCAUGUUUGAUCAUUUUUUCAAAGUACAUGGACAUGUUUGAUGUAAAAAAUAGUAGAAGGACAUGUUUGAUAAAAUGUCAUAGUAGAGGGGCAUAUUAUACCUAUAACCCAUUUUUUUUCUAACUACAUUUAGAAGUUGAGCGAGGUUAUUAUCAGGGUUGUGCAAUGAAACGUAUCAGACCAAACCAUGAAUAAGAAUUAUGAUCCAAUAGUAUAAAAAAAAAAUUGGAUGAAGGGACCAUACUAUCCUUGCAUUAGAUCCGGUGUGGUCUAAUUUGGUCAGAUUCAAAUAUUAAUUUGAUUUUUUUCUUCAGUAUUUAAAAAUAUAUGAGGCAAAGAACCGAAUCAUAUUAAAUUAUGUUUAGUAUGGUCCAAUUCAAAUGUCGAUUUCGUCCGAUAGGAUUAGUUUCGGACCAAACCGUUGCACAAGUACUACCAAGGAGAUUUACAUGACUCGUCAAUUAUAAAAGAAAAGUAUACUGUGAUGUACUGAUGUUUAUAUUGUGAUUUUUGUUGAGUUACCUUAUUUGCAUUUUCGCUGUAUUCGGUUGGUUUUGGCCUAAAAGAAUUGCAAUGAGCAGUCCCAAAGACAAUGAUUGUGAACAAAUUUGAACUCUUUGAUCAUCUAGAAGACAGAAAGGUUGUUGUUCAUUAAUUAGUAGUGUGCUGUCCCUUUACAAUAGUCUAGAAAUCUGAAGAUAUAAUGCUUUUUUGGACCUAACAGUUUGGUCUUUGGUGCCCGAUUUUAAAGCAGGAUCCAGCAUACAUAUAUAUAUUAGGGGUUAUUUGCUUCGUAGGCUUGUAUAAUGGAUUUAGUACCCAAAUCCAAUUUAUUUUUAGUUAAAGGAAAUUUAUUGUUUGCUUGUAAUUUUAUAGGGAUCAAAUCCGUGGAUUCUACGAAUUUGUAAAUUCCAGAUAUUGAUGUGAGAUUUGAAACAUGUCAUAAAACCAUGAUAGCAUUUUCUCGUAUAUUCUCUUGAACUUUUAAUAUUCUAAGAUUGCCCUCACAUUUACCUAUUGUACAUUAUAAUUAAUCAAUUGAUUAACAAUAAAAAUUUUAAUUUUCUUGGAAUCAGAUGUUUGUUGGAAUUGGCUUCAUCAAACCAAUGAAGUUUGUUGGAAUCAGAAGUAUACGCCUCAAAGUAGUCUCCACUUCAUAAUCAUUAUCUUUUCUACGAAUAACACUAUAAGAUUGUUAGGACAUCUGUAGGAAAUACUAACGAAACAAAUUGAAGGCGUGAUAGAAUCACUAUCUUUAGAGUGUUAUUUGCCUCUACUACGAAUUGCCGAUAGGAAACAAGCAAAUCGCUACAGGAGUCCAUAUUAUCAAAGUCUAGAAGCAGCAAUCUUUCAUAUUUUUGUGUAUAAUUUUGAGAAUAAAAAACUUGGAAGAAGAAGAACGUUGAAAAAGAAUUGUGGCAACAACAAACUUUUUAUUGUGAAAUUAGCAGUUCUCUUCCGAGGGAUUGCUACUGUUUCUUCUGCAGGACUUCAAGGUUCCUCGUCCACAUCCAGUUAGUCUUUAUUGUGAUAAUUAGUCAGCUAUUUAUAUAGCUGAAAAUCCCACUUUUCAUGAAAGGACCAAGCAUAUCAAACUUGAUUGUCAUCUUGCUGGUGUGAUCAAGGUUAUCCAUGUUGAUUCUGAUCAUCAGCUCGUUGAUGUCUUAGCCAAGCCUCUCUCUCCUGCUCCGUUUAGGUUCCUCGUCUCCAAGUUUAGGGUACUGAAUCUGUACCCUCCAUCUUGUAGGGGGGUGGGGUUUAACAAAAGAAACCAACAAGAUUUUUCUUCUCCAAGGCUCGAACCCGGUUCAGGAGCAGAAGACACUCUCACUAAGCGAAGUGGCGUCGUUCCAUCUUUCUCUGAAGCAUAUUCAGGUGUCACGUGUUCGCGCACGUAUUGGAGUUUUAGGAACCAAAAUGAGAGGCGAGCGUUUCCAACGGUCUAUACAUCGAUCGUUUUUACUAUUCAUCGCGUACUGUAGUUGUUUUUCACCAGUAGCCGGAUGUUUUUUCGGAUUGUAGCUUGGUCUAUAUAUCUGGAACGAGAAGAAGGAAAGGGGGAAGGCUUGAAACCCUAAAGCAUUCACACAACCAAUUCGUUGUCACCACCAAGCAUCACAGCAACUGGAUUGGAGGCCGGCCGGCUAUUAACUCCUUAGUUAUCAUCUUUGAUUUUUGUUUAAUUGCUCCUCUAGUGUUUGUAAUAUUUAGCUUUGCAGACUCUGCAGUCUGCACCUGAAUCAAACCAAUUCUCCGAGGGAAGCACAAUACAGAAUGGACCGCUACCGUUCAAAUACUUCACUCAACGCAAAGAAACAGAGUGUAUUAAUACCAAUUCUGUUUCUGUACUGUACACUGCCCGCUCCCCUGCCCUGCCGACUCUCCUAUAUAAGACCAAACUCAACCGCCACUCUCUUCCCUCACUUAUCUUCUUCUUCUUCGCUCAUUUCCCCUUUCCCUUCUUCUCUUUCUCUGCUACGAGGUCAGCAGAUUCCAUAUCCCAAAACCUCCGAUCAACCAGAAAGAAACGAAGAACUAGCAACCGCACAAUGCAGGACGUCCCCCACUUCAUCUUCGGCAUUCUGGGCAACGCCUUCGCUCUUUUCCUCUUCCUCGCCCCAACGAUUACUUUCAAGCGGAUAAUCAAGAACAAAACGACCGAGGAAUUCUCCGGCGUCCCCUACGUGAUGACGCUGCUCAACUGCCUGCUCUCGGCCUGGUACGGCCUCCCGUUCGUCUCCAAGAACAACCUCCUCGUCUCCACCAUCAACGGCACCGGCGCCGCCAUCGAGAUCGUCUACGUCCUCCUCUUCCUCAUCUUCGCCCCCAACAAGGUGAGGGCCAAGAUCGGCGGCCUCUUCGCCGCCGUCCUCACCGUCUUCGCGGUCGUCGCGCUCGUUUCUGUCUUCGCACUCCACGGCAACACCCGCAAGCUCUUCUGUGGCAUCGCCGCCACCGUCUUCUCCAUCAUCAUGUACGCCUCCCCUCUUUCCAUCAUGAGGCUGGUGAUCAAAACGAAGAGCGUGGAGUUCAUGCCAUUUUUCCUGUCACUGUUCGUGUUCCUGUGCGGCACUUCUUGGUUCGUGUUUGGGCUCCUCGGUGGCGACCCUUUCAUCGCCAUACCUAAUGGGUUCGGGUGUGGAUUGGGAGUGAUGCAACUGAUCCUCUACUUCAUCUACCGUAACCACGACGGCGGGGAAGACAACGAGAAGGGCGGCAAUGCAGAGAAGGAGUCGGCGAUGGAGAUGGGCUCCCAGAAGAAACCCAGGCAAGGAGGCAACCAUAUUAAUGGCAACGAUGGACCACGAGCUGCUGGCCCGCCAACCGCCAUGAACGGAUCCCAAGAUGAGCAAGUGUAGAAACAAGCGGGAGAAAGAAAGAACGGCAAACUUUCAGCCAGAAGGUUUUUGGGGAACUUGGUCUCUUCGGUUUGUAAUUCUCCCCCAUUAUAUUUCUCAUAUUGUAGAGCUACUAUAAAACACCAGCUUAGAAGGGAUAAUGUACGUAGCUGGGGGCCGAUUGUGAUGAUCGCAAGCCCCUGCACAAGGAAGAAUUUUCAUCCGCCAAAUGGAAAAUAAAAAGAAAAAGGAUUGACUUGGCAAAACACUAGAGAGGAACAGUUUUACAAUUCUUUGCUUUUGCAUAUUUGAUCCCAAUUUUAGGUGGUCGACAAAAAAAAAAAAAAUGUCACCAUUGUGGUCCUAAUUAAUUAACCAGCCAGCUAAGUCAGGACCAGUACCAGGACUAGGACAUAUGCAUGUUAGGCGCAACAUACAUGCAACGUGUCAGAUUUCAUAUGCGCAAACCAAAAGUUGUUGGGGGCCUGCUCUUGUCACUCACUAAAUACCGUGGUGGAGCCAGUAAUCUCCAUUUUGUGUACAAAUUAAGUUGAUCCACAUUUUGUUAGUGUUGUGGUAUAUGAUCCACGAUUGAACCUCUCCCAACAACUUGACUUAUUGGGAUCAAUUGGUUAUUGACAUGGUAUCAGAGCCUUUUGUGACCGAGAGGUCUUGUGUUCGAUUCCCGGUGACCCCCAUUUGUUAAGCACGUGGUAUUCUUGUCUUCAAACCUGUGCAAACUUCAAGCCCUUGUGAGUUGGCUUUCGUCUGAGAGAGCGUGUUAGUGUUUAUCUAUUCAGUAUUGCGGCGCAACAUCAACACGAUGAUAGCUUCAUAUUUAUUAUCUUAUCAGAGGAUCCGUUUCCUAGCAACACGAUGAUAGCUUCAUAUUUAUUAUCUUAUCAGAGGAUCCGUUUCCUAGCAACAAAAUACUGUUGUUGUUGUUGUUGUAGCUAACAGACAAAUUCCUGUUUGAACAAACCCCAAAAGGAUGUAGAGGCGUAGACGUACCUACACCAACCAAUACCAUACUGACGAAUUAUAUAUGCAACUGAUGUGGCGAUAGACAUUAUAGAUUAUACCGUCGGUAUCUUGAUCGACUUUAGAAGAGUUUUGUUAAGUCUGAACGAAUGCUCCUUUGAGGGCUGAGGCCCGAUCAUUUUGACCCUUUAUUGGGCAAUAAAGCCCAAUGAGUUCGACCAAUUCCAGUGCAGGAACGGGUUGUCAAACAUGUUUAAGUCAUUGAAUCGAUUAAGUAAGUGGUUUGAAGUUUAUUGAUCUUAUCGGGGUCGAUCGAUUUAAGCCGUUUUAUACUUUUUAAAAAUAUGUAGUAAUUUAAAGGGUAAAUGCCACAUUUGGUCAUUGAGAUUACUAAAUCGUGUUAUGUUUAGUCACUAGAAAAAAUUUGAUAUCAAUUUUGGUCACUCAAAUUACUGCAACAGGUUACAUUUGGUCACUCUCUCCUGUAGACUCUGUCCAACUCCGGUCACUCGAGGUAUUGAAACAUAUCACAUUUAGUCACCCUCUCGUUACUUUCCGUCCAACUCCAUAAUGGAGUUGGACGGAAACUAACGAGAGGGUGACUAAAUGUGACAUGUUUCAGUAAUUCGAGUGACCAAAAUUUAUAUUAAUUUUUUCUAGUGACUAAACAUGACACGAUUUAGUAAUCUCAGUUACCAAAUAUGGCAUUUACCCGUGAUUUAAAUUAAUGACUCAAAUGAAA